AUGGCGAACAGAGAACCACAAGAGCAGGCCACAGACACAACCUCGUCACCCAAGUUACCUGCCCCUCCGGACCCGGAGAACGACAAAGGAAUCAUUCCCCCUAUCAAGAGUCCGCUGCUAGAAGGGUUGGAUGAUAUCACACCCGAGAACGUGGACAUCUUCAACCUCGAGGCUGUCUCUGCCCUGAAGCUAUUGUGCCGCAGCAUCGACACGCUAGUUCAACUGACGGGCGAUGUGCCUCCCACGCCCCCAGCACGCAGCCGAGGUGGAUCACCGGCCCGCAGCCUCUCAAGACUGCGUGAUUCCAUGACAGCAGACGCCUAUGCUCUGACCACCCCCAAGAAAGAGAAUCUUGGAUUACAGCCGCCUCGCCACGAGCACAUCGACGGCGUGCCUUUUGUGAAGACGCCGAUAGGGUCGCCGGAAGCGCAUGAGCACGAACCCACGUCGGCAGCCAACAUCGUCGGGGCGGGCGCCCAGCCUCUGUACGUUCAGCACGGCGCUCUGGCCCGAAAAUUCUACUCGAAACGACCUCCCCCAAUCUCUACCGAGGACUACCUUAUGCGCAUGCACAAGUACUGUCCUAUGUCCACGGCGGUGUACUUGGCCUCUUCCCUCUACAUUACACGUCUGGCCAUACAGGAGAGGAUCUUGCCCGUGACACCACGCAACGUGCAUCGCCUGCUCUUGGCCUGUCUGCGAGUCGCCAUGAAAGCGCUCGAGGACCUGUCAUGGCCGCAUGCCCGCUUUAGCAAAGUCGGUGGCGUGUCAGAGGGUGAAUUGGGCCGACUGGAGAUCACCUUCUGCUACCUCAUGGACUUCAGUUUGAAGGUCGACUCGGCCAUGUUGCAAGCCGAGGCCGAAAGCCUGUGUCGCCAGAAUCGCUACGAUUCUGUGAUUUUCGAUUCUCCGAUCAGUCGCUUGGAUCUACUUCUGCCGGAAGACGCGGGUGACAGGAGGUCCAGGGGUGCUGAGAAGCGAAAGGCCAGCAGCACUUUGCCCAACCGGCCCGUGGUUCAAGUCAGUGGUGGCAUCGAGGUGAUGGGGCAGUCAUGA